AGAGCGCCAUCUGUCGAACAUGUUGUGAAAAAGCCUUUCAGGCUGAAUUACAGACAGGCACAUUAGCAGCCACCAACACGGGGUCCUACAUUCACAAACAACUCGGUAGCAUGUAUUUGGGGAGGAAAAUAGGUUUUGCAUUUAAAAUUAAUUUUUAUUAAUGUAAAUAGUUAUAAAACGCAGACUAGGCUCCUUUACUGAAUUUAGUUAUUUUGUUUCUAAGAACAUUAAACAUGAGGUCAAUCCUUUGUUAGCUAACUGUUGCUCAUCAUCUUCUUACGCUUUUUACAUUCUAGUUUAAAUGAUGGAUAUUUACCCUGGAGUUAUCGACAGUGAUCCCACUAAACUACAAGAAAGACAUUACUACUUGUUAUCUGAACUGCAAACUUUAGUGAAAGACUUGCCAAGCUCAUUCCAGCAGCGCCUGUCCUACAACACACUGAGCGACCUGGCUUUAGCCCUCAUAGAUGGGACAGUGUACGAGAUUGUGCAGGGUCUCCUGGAUAUCCAACAUCUGACUGAGAAAAAUCUGUACAAUCAAAGACAGAAGCUGCACUGUGAACACCAAGCACUUAAACAGGAACUGCUGCGAAAGCACAAAGAUGCUUUACAAACCUGCAAGUCUCACAACCUUGCACUUCUCAAAUCAAACCAACAAGGAGAGCUUGAGGCUUUGGAAGUUCGAGUGCGAGAGGAGCAAAAGAUGAUGGACAAGAAGAUUGUAGCAGAAAUGGAUCAGAAAGUGAUCGAUCAGCAGAACACCCUGGAGAAGGCAGGAGUUCCUGGAUUCUACAUCACUACCAAUCCUCAGGAGCUGACGAUGCAGAUGAACCUCCUUGAGCUGAUUCUUAAACUACAGCAGAAGGAGUCACAGUCUGGACUGCAAUGACACUAUACACAAUGACUUGAGUUCAUGUAAUCUUGUGAUUGCUGAGACUCAGCUGUCUCUAAUUAGUAAGAAGUUCACAAAGUGCCCAACAUAUGUUGUCUAACUGUCACUGCUCUCAUACACUUCAAGUAAGAUGGUAAAGAGAAAAUGAGGAAAUUAUUUAAACAUAAUUUAAAUGUUGCAAACAUGUAAAAACACCAUCUAAUGAACUAAGACAUUAGUAAAGCUGUGACUUUAAAUCGUGUUCUUCCUAGAGUUUUUUUUUUUUUUUUUGAGACUCAGAGUAUAUUUUGGUUCCAUUUGUAAAAGGAAGAAGCACAAUAUUGAGUUAUUUAUUUGCUCUAACUUGAGAAACAACUCUUGCGUUCCACUUGUUGCUCUCUGCACAACAAGUAUGGUACAUAAAGGUUUACUCCACUGUUUGUAUCGCCUUGUAAUAUUGAGUUUAUCUGUAAGUAACAUUUAGUGCUGCUUUGUUUGUAAAUUAAAUUGUAUUUGAUAGAAA